AUGCUAUUUGGAGAUUCUGGCCCACGAAAGGUUGGUGUUCGAAUGUACGACUUCGAAUGGAUCGAUGGUUCACGGGUUGCGUAUGACCGUUUUGAUCGAGCAAUUCUUGAUAACGUCGAUGGCAACGAGGGCUGCCUUGAGAUGGGCGUUGAUGGUUUGUGGAACGAUAGCCCGUGCGCAAAGCCGCGCUACGUAAUUUGCGAAAAACAUCCGGUUUGGAAGAACUCCAGAGGGGCGGAAUGGCCCUAUCCG